AUGCAGCGAGCUCUAGAACAAGCUUUGGAUCAUGCGGAAUAUGUUACCGAAAGGGCCCAACAGAGACCGCCGAAAAGGAAAUACUCAUCCAGUGGGAAGCCGUCGCUCCAUGAAAAACUUUACGACAUUUAUGUUGAAGAAUGUGAAAGAGAGCCUGAGGUUACAGAGGAGCUGAGAAGCAACGUGAACCUGUUAGAGAAGCUUGUUAGGAGAGAGUCCUUGCCAUGUUUGGUGGUCAACCUGUACCCAGGAAAGGAGGGCUACUCGCUGAUGCUCAAGGGAAAAAAUGGAUCCUAUUCAGAGAGCAUUCGACUGCCUUAUGAAGAAAAGGAACUGCUCGAAUACUUGGACGCAGAAGAAUUACCUCCCGUUUUGGUGGAUCUCUUGGAAAAGUCUCCCGUUAACCUUUUUCAUCGUGGGUGUGUCAUAGCAGAAAUACGGGACUACAGGCAGUCCAGUGGGAAGUUCCCUCCCGGCUACCAAAGCAGGCAUAUUCUCUUACGCCCCACGAUGCAGACUUUAGUCUGCGAUGUACAGGCCAUAACCAGCGAUACCCAGAAAUGGACCCAGGAGGACAGACUUUUGCUUGAGAGCCAGCUGAUCUUGGCUACAGCUGAACCCCUGUGUCUAGACCCUUCUGUAUCCGUAGCCUGCACUGCAAACAGACUGCUCUACAACAAGCAAAAGCUGAACACUCUUCCCAUGAAAAGGAGCUUCAAGAGGUAUGCCAUGGCCUCGCUGAAUCGGCAGCAGGAGCUGUCUCAGUGUCCACCUCCUCCUGAGCUAAGAGUACUGGCUUCUUGCAAAAAAAUAAGAGAGAGUAAAACAGGUGAGCGCGAUGGCCUCCAAGCUUUUCAAGCAGGCAGUUGUGUAGACACGUGGAGACAGAGACCUUGUGACUUGGCGGUACCUUCUCAGGUGGAUGUGGAGAAGUAUGCCAAGGGGAAGAAGGCUGUCGGAUGUGAUGACUCACAGCCAACAGUCUGGCCCAGGAAGGAGGCACGAGAUGGUUUUGUAUUUGGGUGCGAGGCUGGCUACCAGUCCCAGGCAACAAGGCAGACCACUGGGCAGCAGCUUGAUAAUUCAAUUGCCUCUGGGCAAAGGGCCCCUAGACAAAGCGCCUGUCAAAAAGCCACAUUGGAGAGAGAGCUGUGUCCCCCCGACUCGUCCUCGGGGGAGCAUUCCAACAGUGUCCUGCCCAGGCCCAAGACUGAUGCUGGGCAGGUGGCCAGUCAGACGGAGGAAGUGGUCCAGGAGCGCGCCCAGUGUCCAGCGCAGAUGUCGCUCAGCUCCGAUGGCCCAGCGGGUCUCAGGCCCCCUCCGGGGAAAGAACCAGAACAGCCUCAGAUCACGUGCAUUGUGUCUUCAGCGCUGGGCAGGGGAGCCAGACACCCGCCUCCACUCCAGAGACUUCCCGGGAGGGCAGGACAGAGCCCGCGGGGUGACCCUUUGACUCCUCAGCAGGCGGGCGGCCCUCUGGCAUCUCCGGCGCCUGCCCCUGCUCCCAGGCCGCCAGGUCUCUUCCAGAACUCCUUUGUGGAGCUGCACCGAGUCAGCUGGAUCCCUGCCGCCGCCCUGUCUGCUGCAGGUGCCUCCCAGAGGCCCCCCGGCGCCCCGGGGACGGCCGCCUCCGCGGGCCCAAAGGGCCCCGGCGUGGCGGGCCCCGGCGGCGCAGGCCCGGCCUCCGAGAGAGGCUCUGCCCCCGGAGAACCGGCCCCGGCCGGAGCGCGGCCCCCCGCCGCCCGUCGCAGAGGCGGAGGCGUCCAGCUGCUGGUGAAAGGGCCUGUGGGUGUGGAGCCCCUGACCCUGGUGCAGCUGCCCCGCGGUCCGCUCCUCUGGAGCAGCGGGCAGCAGGCCCCGCCGCCGCCGCGGCUCUUCCAGCUGGUUCGCCCGCCGUCCCCGCCGCGCCCCGCCGCCGCCGCGCGCCCCGGGCAGCCCCCGGCCCUGGGCUCAAGGUCCCGCGCUUCUGGCGGCCAGGGCCCGGUCCCCCCCGUGCCGCAGGCGGUGGUGGUUCACCUGGGUGGAGCCCAGGGUUUCCUGCAGCCGCGGGCCGCGCUGCCGCCUCAGCCGGGCCUCGGCUCCGGCCGCGGCCGCCCAGGGCCGAGCCUCCCCCCGCGGCGGGCCGGGCCCCCAGCGGCUCCGCGGCCCCAGGUGCGCCUGCGGCUCGUGCCGGGCGAGGCGGCGCCGGCCCGGGCCACAGCCUUCGCAGAGCUGCCAGGGCAGCGCCCUCAGGGCCAGCAAGCCGCCAGCCCAGCCGAAGGCCAAGAGAGCAGAGGCCCGCAGGCCGCCUCCCAGCCCUGA